UGGAUUGGCUGCAGAGCGCGGGGGGCGUGGCGCUCCUCAGGUGCGGCGGCGCCGCUUUCCGAGAGCCCGCUUUCCGAGAGCCCGUCUGCGCAAGCGUGCAAUGCCGCCGGCGCGAGCCGCCGCGCCCUCCCUGCCGCCGUGCUCGGACUGCGGCGCGAAGAGCGACUUCGACCUCGACCCCGAGCUUGGCAAGGCGACCUGCCGCUGCGGCAUGGUCAUGCCGUAUCGCCCCGCCCCAGCCCGGCAGGCGGCAAAGAAGUCGCCGACGCGCAUCCAGAAAUGGUACGCCGAGAUGUCGCGGCGGCUCGGCGGCUUGCCCUCCUUUGUGGUCAAGGACGCCUCGCGGAUGUACCACGCGUGCCUUCUCAAGGACAAGGAGCGGCAGGGCUGCAAGGACCUCGACCUCGCCCUCGCGGCACUCGACCGCGCGAUGUGCAAGAUCGGCAUCCUGCGCUCGCGGCCGGACCUGCUCGCGUCGACGGCGCAGCGGGUCGACGGCGACGGGCUGACCGCGGGCAAGCUGCUGGUCGACUCCAAGGCCAAGGAGCCGCUCCCCUCCGAGUCGCCCACGCUCGAGAAGUUUGUGGCGCUGCUCUGCGAAGAGCUCAAGCUGCGCGGCCAGUGGGCAAAGGUGGCGGCGGCCGUGGCCGCGCAGGCGGACGCGCUCGGCGCGGGUCGCGACACGCCGCCCCUGACGCUCGCCGCGACGGUGUGCGUGCUCGUCGUCGAGCGCCACCCGCCGAAGGAGGCGCCGUCCUCGCAGACGAUUGCGGCCGCCGCCGGCCUGGAGGAGAAGGACCUGCUCGAGACGUACCAGAUGCAGCUGCUGCCGCACCUGCAGGCACUGCUCGACGCCUCGCAAGAGGCCAUCCUCCCGACGGCGCCGCCCGCCCUCGGCGCGCCGGCGCCUCCUAGCGGCAAGCUCAAGCCCGUCUCGAAGCGGGGGCGGGGGCGGGGCGGCCGCGGCGGGCGCGGGCGCGGGCGCGGGCGUGGGCGCGGCGCCGCGGCGGUCUCCGCCGAGGGCGCGGCGGGCGACGGGGCAGCUGGCACGAGCAGAGCCGCGGACGACGGCAGCGGCGACGAGGCCGGAUCGGCGGGAGGGUCGGCGGGGCAGGCGGCGGAGGGCGUGGCUGCGGCGAGCGAGGCGGACGCAGACGCGAGCCAGCCGCCGUGCCUUCACUGCGGCGAGCUCACCGAGCCGGACGCGCCGAGCGGGCUGUGCGUCGACUGCCGCGCAGACCAGUGCCGUUUGUGCGGCCGGGUCGACCCGAUUGCCCUCGACGCGCAUUGGCGCUGCUUUGGCUGCAUGCGGGAGGCGUCGAUACGAUCGCGCCACGAGCGGCUGGGGAGGCUGUACCAGCUGCACCACCUCCUCCAGCCCCCGCCCCAGCCCCAGCAGCCCACGCCGUCGCCGCCUGGCGAGGGAUCGGAGGGGGCAUCGUCUCUCCCGGCGCCGAUUGUUGUGCCGCUUGCCGGGCCGGGCGCCGCACUGGCCACGCCCGCAGCCGACGCGACCCCCGCCGCGCCCGCCGCUGCGGCGCCCGCCGUCGCGCCCGCCGCCGGCGCGUCCGCCGUCGCCGCCGACCCCGACCCGCUGCCGGCUCGAGCGGCCAGCGUCGAGAUGCCU